AAGGAACCCCUGCAACCCUUAAAACCGAAGCUUCCAACUCGGAAUUUGCUUUUAACCCAUGCGAGUGCCCAAAAGACACCUACACCCCCUCCUCGCUCGCCUACUCUGGCAGUUUCUAUGUUGAGGCAUCUCAGGGAGCGCCGUGCAGCACCGAAACACUCCUAAAUAUGAUCACUGAGAUCGUGGGUAUAUCUACACUGCCACUUUCAGAAGUGCAACAGAGCGGCAACAGUCGGGGAACUUAUCCAUCGCCUGCGCCGAUGGACAGCAGCAAUGGCAAUUUUGGAGACCCCGGCAUCAAGAGGCAAUCCUACACCUGCUCCGGACCUUCUCCCCCUGUAUACUCUCCAGACCAAACGUGCCCGAGGUAUGCUGAUGAUCAGGCCGGCAGCCAGACCCAAGACCCGUCCACUUCCCAGCUGAGCUUCGGCUCCUCCCGAGCUCCGAACCAGAAGAAGGAUGAACCAAAGUCAGAGGCCGCUUCUUUCCCUGUCGUAGUCAAGAAUGAGUUUGAAAGCAGCUGCUACGAGUGGGGGACAUUUAACAAGUCGGAGUGUUUGGAGACGAAUUUCCAGACAGAAACCUUCCCGAUGUCAAGCGACUUCCCCCCUGACCAGCAAAUGGAUGUUAAGGAACUUUUAGACACGUUUCCCCCAAUUUGCCCCAACCCAGAGAUGGAGUUUAAAGUAGAGGGAGGUAUCAAACAGGAACCGUGUUUCUCUGACACUUGUUCUCAGAGCUACUCCAGCCCCCUGUACAAUAAUUACCUCCCACCACCUCCAAUGGGCCUCUCCUCUAACCUGAAACCCUUCCCCGAACCCCCACAGCCAUCUAAUCAGUGCGAUUCCUUAUACACAUCACCAGCUUUACCGAGCACCAUAGACUCCAUCCUGUACUCUUCCUUGUUGCCAGAUUCUUUUGCCCAAAGUUACACCACCCGUGCGACGAAGCCCCCCAGGGCCAGAAAGAGCCCCGCCGCCUCUCACGGCCCAGCCAAAGAGAAACCCUUCGCCUGCCCCAUGGAGAGCUGCGACCGGCGCUUCUCUCGCUCGGAUGAGCUCAACCGGCACAUCCGUAUCCACACGGGCCACAAACCUUUCCAGUGCCGCAUCUGUUUGCGCAGUUUCAGCCGUAGCGAUCACCUUACCACCCACACCAGGACUCACACCGGAGAGAAGCCCUUUUCCUGCGACGUCUGCGGCAAACGGUUCGCCCGCAGCGACGAGAGGAAACGACACGGACGCGUACACCUGAAACAGAAGGAGAAAAUGGAAAUAAAGCCACAGGUGACCACCGGAGCAUGGCCAUUCACUCUUCCCGAGGGAAUUUGAAGACAAGGCUAUGUGUCCACACAUACAAUAUUAGGAUCUUUCCGUCUUGGAAGAUAAGCCAGCUGACUACAAGUUGAUGUCUGAGUUGGUUUGCCUGGCAAGCCAAUGCCUGACAGCAGAGGUUUUGCGAAUAUAUUGCAGUUUUUUUUAGGAGCAGAAAGGGAGAAAGAGGUCUGCUUCGGCCUUAUUGCCUGCUGCUGAUGCUGCUGACUUUAUGCAAAUAUGCAUAAGUUGUAAAAGUCGGUAAACAGAUCAACAGUGACUUGUUGCUGUUACUGUCAGUAGAGCCAAAACCUCUCUGCUGCGGCAUUGCAUGACUGCUGUUCAGCACCUCUUCAUCUGGACAGCUCCAACCUCCAUCGCCUCUGAGCCUGGACGGAUUGCACUUACAGAUUAUUAAUAUCUCCAUUUAAGAUUCUUAUUUUCUGCUUUUAGCAUUCUUAGAGCAAUGGUUUGGACUAUGUUUCUUAAAAUGCAUGUUUAUGUCAAUGUUCUUUUUCCUUUAACUGGAAUAUCAACCUCUGUCAAGGUACUCCUUCACUGCACAGUGAGGGUUAUUGACAUGAAUGUAGGCUAACAUAUUUAUGGCUUUGACCAUAAAGCUGUCCAUCUUUGAUCAAAUUUAGUGUUUGUUUAACUUCUUAUCAUUUGGCUGUCAGUGUUUUUUUGUCAUUGGUCUUUGUGUUGUG